CCCACACAGAACGUGGGCAGUUGUGCGAGAGGGAGUGAGCGGGUUAGCGCGCGCUCUUGGCCAACAGGGAAAGGGUACGACCAAAUACACUCGACAAAUACACACUUAGAGAAACUUUAAACACGGGUAACCAGGGCCGAUUAUUUCUCAAGGGAAAUAACACAAUUAUAUUUAUUUUUGUGCAAAAGACAAAACAGUACGAUACAACUGUCAGAUACAAAAACACACUAAUCUGUUCUAUAAAAUAUAAGUUUUUUUUUAAAGUGAUCCGACGGAUAAACGUCGACGUCUUGCUACAAGACGGACAGUGUUUUUUAGCGGUUAAAAAAAAAUUUGUUUGUUUUUGUCAAUUUGGUGUUUAAAUUUUGCGUACUCAUGUGCCGAUAAAAACGUGACUGAUAAUGAUUUUUAAGAUGUGGAGUUUGUGAUAGAAUGGUAUAGAAUUUUUAAAAAACCAACUGAUAAUUAAACGCGACAAUUUACUGGUUAAUUAAAAGUGAAAUACUUUUAGUAAUUAUCUCUCUAAUUAUUGAGUGAUAAGUGAAGAGUGAGUGUUUUAUUAUUUUUUUAGACAGAUAUUUAAUUGCUGAAUUAGGGUUUUAUGAUUUAAAGGAAACUUAUUUGUAUACUUUAGUUCGCGCGCACAAAAAGCAGCUGGGACGCGCGCGUUUUUCGCCGCUCCCCUACGAACUUUUUAACCGUGGCCUCCUAUCGCGUCACGCGCAGGAAACCCCAAAUUGCCAGCGACUUGGAUGGAUACUGUGCAUUAUUUUUGGAGUAAGUUCCAACGCUGACCUGACUACUAAUUGAUCAUUCAUCUUAAUUUUUUACGAAGCUCUACUUCCAUGCUAUGCAUUCCAUGAUAAUUACACCAGGCAGUGCGGUGGCUGCAGCCGACACCAUUUCUUCGCCGUGGACACCCGCGAGUUCCGGGCCGCCGCCCGAUGCCAACGGCUCCGGCUCGGAUACGAAGAACCUCGAUGUUGGCGAUAUCAGCGAUGACGAAAAGGACUUAUCGGCGGCAGACGCAGAAGGCGUAUGGUCGCCGGAUAUCGAACAGAGCUUCCAGGAAGCUCUUACAAUAUAUCCGCCUUGCGGUCGACGUAAAAUUAUCCUCUCCGACGAAGGAAAGAUGUAUGGUCGAAAUGAACUGAUUGCUCGAUAUAUAAAGCUUAGGACCGGUAAAACGAGAACGCGAAAGCAGGUUUCUUCACACAUUCAAGUACUAGCGAGGAGAAAACUUCGUGAAAUACAGGCUAAGCUCAAAGUGGACCACGUGACGAAGGAGAAGACUCUUCAGACAAUGUCGAGUAUGUCAAGUGCACAGAUAGUGUCAGCUGGAAGUGUAAUACACAACAAGAUGACCCCUGCCCUCAUGGGGACCCUUGCCCUCCACGCUUCCACCCCCUCCUAUCCUGGAGCGAAUUUCUGGCAACCUGGUCUCCAACCGGGAACAUCCCAAGAUGUCAAGCCUUUUUCACAGCCAGCUUACACGGGAAAACCGGCGACUGCGGUCUCCAGUGGUGAUAUGGUACAGGCACAACCUCCGCCACCAUGGGAAGGACGUUCUAUUGCCACCCAUAAAUUAAGACUCGUUGAAUUUUCCGCGUACAUGGAUCAGCACCGAGACCAAGAUAUUUACCACAAACAUUUGUUCGUCCACAUAGGAGGCUCGGCGACUUACACGGAUCCACUUCUAGAAGCCGUUGACGUCAGGCAAAUUUACGACAAAUUUCCAGAAAAAAAAGGAGGCCUAAAAGAGCUCUAUGAUAAGGGACCACAGGCGGCUUUCUUCCUCGUUAAAUUCUGGGCGGAUCUCAAUACAAAUAUUCAGGACGAGGCUGGCGCCUUUUAUGGUGUGACAAGCCAGUACGAAAGUACAGAGAACAUGACGAUAACCUGUUCGACAAAAGUCUGUUCCUUUGGAAAACAAGUGGUAGAGAAGGUGGAGACUGAGUAUGCAAGGUUUGAGAAUGGUAGGUUUGUUUAUCGUAUCAGUCGCUCCCCCAUGUGUGAAUAUAUGAUAAACUUUAUUCACAAACUAAAGCAUCUACCAGAAAAAUAUAUGAUGAACAGUGUUCUUGAGAAUUUUACAAUUCUACAGAUCGUGACAAAUAGAGAUACGCAGGAGACGUUACUCUGUACAGCGUACGUCUUUGAAGUAUCGACGUCUGAACAUGGUGCUCAGCAUCACAUAUACAAACUGGUCAAAGAUUAGUCUGAUAAAAAAAUAUCUGCUCGCCAUGCAGCCAUCCACCCCCAUCAGUGCCUACCACCACCACCACCACUACAUUUAAUCAUCCAUUUAUUAUUACGCUUGUGAAUUUUAAUAUUCGCAUACAUAUGUGACGACACAUACACACAUAUAUACAUACAUACAUCUAUUAUAAAUAUAUAUAGAUAUAUAUAUAAUAUAAUAAUAAGAACAAUAAUAUCACACUAGAUAUCUCCAACAUCAACUUUAACAACCGGUACUACAGCGUGUAAUUAUUACAUAUACAUGUAAUUUAAUGUAUCACGAGGUACAGUGUACUUGGAUCAAAAUUAUUAUUUUGUUUUAUAUUUUGCUUUAUCGCGAUAACGUAAAUCGAUACUUAUGAAUUCGUUUGUAAGCUGUGAUCUCAAAUGAUUUACGUUAAUCGUUAAUUAUCCGCAAGGAUAUAUUUAUAUAUUAACUCAAACUAUUUUUUUUAAAAUAUAUAUAUAUAUAUUAAAAAAAAAAAAAAAAAAGAAAAAAAAAAUUAUAUAUUCAAAAUUAAACGCACUGACUACUGAGUCAACCCGAGUCUAUUUACCAGUGAGUAUUUUUAUUGAUAAAUUAAAAUGAAAAAUUUUAUUAUUAUUAUUGUAAUUAUUUUUUUUUUUCGUGUAAUUUUAUAUAAAGUGACAUUUGGCAAUCAAAAUUUAGUGCAAAUGUUGAAAUUGACAAUAAUUAGAUGAAAAAAUAAAAAAAAAUAAAUACCGUAAAGUAUUUAUGAUAAAUAUUUAAUAGAGUUUAUUAAUUAGUAAAAAAAAAAAAAAAAAAAAAAAAAGUAAAUAAUUAGAACGUGAUCUUGGGUUGGCUCAGUACUAUAAUUAAAAUUAAUAAAUAAUUAAUACGAUUUAGUAUUAUAAUUUAAUCAGAGUUAAUUCAACUAUUUUGGACAUACGGAAAAUUAUAAAUUAUGAAUAAUAAUAAUAAUAAUACACACAUUAAUAAAUAAAUAAAAUAUACAUAUAUUUGCGGCUAAGAGUAUAUAUGUUAAUAAAUAUUAAUGCAAUUACAAUUUACAUUGUUAUAAAUUAUCUAUCGGGAAGACGUCAAUUGUCUGCGUUAUUUUUGCCAAAUGUAUCAAAUACCUACAAUAUUUUUUCAUAUAUAUAUAUAUAUAUAUAUAUCAUAAAUUCUCAUUGCUCAGUUGCCUACUAAAUACUUUUUCUACAAUUCUAUUACCUACUUACAAAUAUUUAAUGAUGUUCAAUUUAUUUUUAUUUAAUCGUGACCUAAGGGACGAUAGCCAAGAAGAAAAAAAAAAGAUUUUUUUGUGAUCAAUGAUCAAGAUCGAUCAUUUGAGAAAAAAAGGGCUGAUCUAGAAAAUAUCAGAGCCACAGUCUUGGGAAAACUUGACAAAGUUUUCUAUUAUUAUUUAGUGAUCUGAUCACGUCUCUCCAUCGACUAUCAUAAGAUUCAACCCAGGUCUUAUUAUGAACUGGACGAGUUUUAUUAUUGUGAAGACUGAUAUUUUUUAGAACAGCUGUGGUUUUUUCUCAAGUGAUCGAUCUUUAACAUGGAUCAUUUUUGCUCAAGUACUUGAUUUUCUCAGCAUCAGGAGCUUAUCUACAUUAGUUAGAUAUUUCUUUGAUUGGGUACAUAAUUAAAUUAUUUUAUAUUAAUGUAGGAUAGAACCGUAGAAAAAAAUUUCGAGUAGGUAACUGGGUAGUGAGCAUUGCUGAGGUACAAAAGAUAUUGUAGACAUUUGAUACAUUGAGAAAAAUAAUGCAGGCAACUGAUGUCUUUUCGAUAUCAUGUAUAAAGCUAUCUAAGUGAUUUUAAUUUUAAAAAUUAAAUGAAAGUUGAUAAGAUACGAAUGAGAAUGAAAAAUAUAUGAAAUUUUAAGUAAAAUAAAAAAUGCCAUUCGCGAAACUAGAAUUCAUCAAAUGAUAAUUAUUUUUUUAAUUAGUGAUCAGAUGAAUUUUAAAUAAUAUUAUUAUUAUUAUUAAUAUUUACUGGGCAGAUUUAAUUCGAUUAAUCCGAUUGAGUACUUUAUCAUUUUUUAUAUUUCUUGCGAUCCCACCCGAACUUCAGGUAGCAACUAGGCUAUUGUCUUUGUAAUUCUGAUGAUUGUAAUUACACUAUUUUUUACCGUAAGGUUCCAUUCAUAUUUUUUUUUUUUUUUUUUUUCUG